AUGAGAGCCGAGGGUGGUGGAGGUCGUGGUACAGCUCGAAAGGCUUCGAGGGGUCUGAUUCGAGCAAAAACUCUGCACUCUCCUGAUAAAGUUGAGAAGGAGAUCAUGAACAUGGGUGUGGGUGAAGCUGGCAAGACGCCUGAGUUCGUUCUCCGGAAUCUCCAUCCAGGAUCAACCUACAACGUCACAAUUACUACUAAUUCUGAGGUGAGCAAACCACGAAUGAUGAAAUGGGACGACGCCAGUCUCUACAAAACUGCAUGGAGCGUGUUCUCCACCUUAACUCAAGGCGAGUACGUCGUAAGCGAACCACGUAUCGUCGUUGAAACUGAUACCGCCGCCUCAAUCGUCUUUCAGCCACUAAAGCACCUUGGCAGUGUUCAGUAUCAGGUACCGAGAAGAUUCUUUUUCAAGUUUGAGAAAUCGCUUGCCAGUGAGAUAGAAUGA